AAUAAAAUGAACAUGCUGUGGUCGUGAACAUAAUUUUUUUUUUUUUUUUGGAGGAAAAAUUAAAGUGCCAGAGUGAAAGCCAGAAUGGCAUCUAGAGAGAGGCUCUUUGAACUUUGGAUGCUUUAUUGUACAAAGAAAGAUCCGGAUUAUCUGAAGCUAUGGUUGGACAAUUUUGUUUCUAGCUAUGAACAAUUCUUAGAUGUUGACUUUGAAAAGCUGCCUACCAGGGUAGAUGAUGUGCCUCCAGGAAUAUCUCUACUUCCUGAUAAUAUUCUGCAGGUUCUAAGGAUCCAGCUACUACAGUGUGUUCAGAAAAUGGCAGAUGGGUUAGAGGAACAGCAACAAACUUUGUCAGUUUUGCUCCUCAAGUUCUUCAUUAUUCUUUGCAGAAAUCUGUCUAAUGUGGAAGAAAUUGGGACUUGCUCUUACAUUAAUCAUGUCAUCACUAUGACAACACUCUACAUUCAGCAAUUAAAAAGCAAAAAAAAAGAGAAGGAAUUGGCAGAUCAGACAUCUAUUGAAGAAUUUGUAAUCCAUGCAUUGGCAUUUUGUGAAAGUUUAUAUGAUCCAUAUCGGAAUUGGAGGCAUAGAAUUUCAGGACGAAUCCUUAGUACUGUGGAAAAGAGCAGACAGAAAUACAAACCAGCUUCUCUCACAGUGGAGUUUGUCCCUUUCUUUUAUCAGUGUUUUCAGGAAAGCGAACAUCUCAAGGAAAGUCUUAAGUGUUGCUUAUUGCAUCUCUUUGGAGCCAUUGUAGCCGGUGGGCAGAGGAAUGCUUUGCAAGCAAUUUCUCCAGCUACCAUGGAAGUUCUUAUGAGAGUUUUGGCAGACUGUGAUUCCUGGGAGGAUGGAGAUCCUGAAGAAGUGGGUAGGAAGGUAGAACUUACUCUGAAGUGCCUUACAGAAGUGGUACAUAUCCUUCUCACUAGCAGCUCUGACCAGCGUCAAGUGGAAACCAGCACUCUUUUGGAGAACUAUUUUAAAUUGCUAAAUUCAGAUCAUUCAGCUUUACCUAAUCAAAGGAGGUCUAGACAGUGGGAAAGCCGAUUCAUAGCUCUACAGAUAAAAAUGUUGAAUACCAUCACAGCCAUGUUAGACUGCACUGAUAGGCCUGUUCUUCAGGCCAUUUUUCUUAACAGUAAUUGCUUUGAACAUCUCAUACGACUGCUACAGAAUUGCAAGCUAUUUUUAAAUGCUAACAAUAAGGUGGCAGACAAGAACGAGAAAGACCUUGCCAACAAAUUACUGACAGAAAUGAAUGAGGACCAGGUGUUUCAGGGGCAAUUGGAUUGUUUGGCUAUAUCAACCAUUAAGGCUUUGACAGCAGUAAUGAAUAAAUCUCCAGCUGCUAAGGAAGUAUUUAAAGAAAGAAUUGGUUAUACACAUAUGUUUGAGGUUUUAAAAUCCCUGGGUCAGCCACCGCUAGAACUACUUAAAGAACUUAUGAAUAUGGCUGUAGAGGGUGACCACACUUCAGUUGGGAUUUUGGGCAUUAGUAAUGUCCAGCCUCUCUUGCUUCUUAUCCAGUGGCUUCCAGAGCUAGAAUCCCAUGAUCUGCAAAUCUUCAUUUCUGAUUGGCUGAAAAGAAUUUGUUGUAUUAAUAGGCAGAGUCGAACUACUUGUGUCAAUGCAAACAUGGGAAUUCACAUCAUUGAAACCCUUGGUUCCCAUUCUUCCCUCCAUCGAACUUGUGCUGAGAACUUGAUUGCACUUCAUGGUUCCUUGGGGAGUCAGUCAGUGAGCUCAGAAGAAAUACGUCAGCUGCUAAGAUUGCUGAGAGUGGAUGAAUCUGAGUAUAUUCACCCUUAUACUACUCCUGUGACUCGAGCAAUUCUGACAAUGGCCCGAAAACAAAGUCUAGAAAGCGCACUGCAGUAUUUUAAUUUGUCACAUAGUAUGGCAGGAAUCUCUGUGCCUUCCAUACAGAAAUGGCCAGGGUCUGCCUUUUCUUUCAAUGCUUGGUUUUGCUUAGAUCAGGAUCAGUUGACUCUUGGCAAUGCUAACAAAGGAGGAAAAAGAAAACAAUUGUACAGCUUUUUUACAGGAAGUGGCAUGGGUUUUGAAGCUUUUAUUACCCAUUCAGGUAUGCUGGUUGUUGCAGUGUGCACAAAAAGAGAAUAUGCUGCAGUUAUGCUUCCUGACCACAGUUUCUGUGAUUCCCUCUGGCACAACAUAACCAUUGUUCACAUGCCUGGAAAAAGACCCUUUGGUCAGAGCUUUGUCUAUAUCUAUGACAACGGACAGCAGAAGGUCUCUGCCCCUCUCAGAUUUCCUGCCAUGAAUGAACCUUUUAUUUCCUGCUGCAUUGGUUCAGCUGGGCAAAGAACCACCACUCCUCCACCAUCCCAAAUCCCAGAUCCACCUUUUUCUUCCCCCAUUAUCCCUCAUCGGACAUCAUUUGGUGGAAUUCUGUCAUCAGCCUCCUGGGGAGGAACACUUGAAAAAUCAAAAUUGAUUACCAAAUUGAUAUCAGCUGGAACUCAAGACAGUGAAUGGGGAUGUCCCACAUCUCUGGAGGGCCAGCUAGGGUCUGUUAUCAUAUUUUAUGAAGGACUACAGCCUCCUCAGGUGAAGGCAUUGUAUUUAGCAGGUCCAAACUGUUUAAGCCCUUGGAAAUUUCAAGAGUCUGACAUGGCUGACCUGUCUGGUAACAUCCUUCUUCACUAUACUGCAAAGGCUUGCAAAAAUUCAAUCUGUCUUGAUUUAUCUACUAAUUGUUUGCAUGGAAGAUUAACAGGAAACAAAGUCGUGAACUGGGACAUUAAGGACAUCAUAAACUGUAUAGGUGGAUUAAAUGUACUGUUUCCUCUGUUGGAACAAAUCAGCCACUUUGGUGAAGGACAGAUUUCUGAAGGAAUGAAUGAAAGUACAGUUUCUGAAUUGGUAACACCUGUAGAAGGAGAUUGGGUGGUAUUGACCUCCACAAAGGCUUCAGAGUCAAGAUUAGAGAGAAAUCUAAUUGCAACAUUUAUCUUGAUUGUGAAACACUUUAUUCAAAGACAUCCCAUCAACCAGGACAAUCUUAUUCACUCCCAUGGAGUUGCCACUCUUGGUGCCUUACUUCAGAAGGUGCCAAGUGCCUUGAUGGAUGUUAAUGUAUUGAUGGCAAUUCAAUUACUAAUUGAACAGGUAUCAUUAGAGAAAAAUAUGCAGCUCCUGCAACAAAUGUAUCAGUAUUUACUCUUUGACUUUCGUAUUUGGAACCGUGGAGAUUUUCCCUUCCGAAUUGGUCAUAUACAGUAUCUUUCCACCAUCAUCAAAGACAGCAGGAGAGUUUUCCGAAAGAAGUACGGUGUGCAGUUUCUCCUAGAUACACUUAGGAUUUAUUAUGGGAGUGAUUGUAAAUACAGUGAGCUGUCUGUAGAUGACAUUCGAACAAUAAGGACUUCUUUGUAUGGACUAAUUAAAUAUUUUCUGUGCAAAGGUGGAACUCAUGAAGAGAUACAAAGUAUUAUGGGUUACAUAGCUGCUAUCAAUGAAGAAGAACAGCUCUUUGGAAUUUUGGAUAUGCUCUUCAGUCUCCUGCGUACCAGCCCAACUAGAGGUCAGCUUUUCUUACUGCUGUUUGAACCAGGAAAUGCUGACAUACUUUAUGCCUUGCUCUUAAAUCAGAAGUACUCUGACAGACUAAGAGAAAUCAUUUUUAAGGUUAUGGAACAAAUGUUGAAAUGUACGAAUGUUUAUGAACGAAGUAAACAGCGCAUUCGGCUCAGAGAAGUUGGCUAUUCAGGAUUGGGACUUCUUCUUAAUGAAGCACCCGUUAAUGCCAAUCUCAUUAAAAGCCUCACCAAUCAAAUUAUAAAUACAGAUCCUGCUAUUAAUUUCAAAGAUCUGUUGUCCAUGGUAUAUAUAUCUCACAGGACACAUAUAAAUGUCAGGGUGAUUAUCUGCAGAAAGAUUUUACAGAUUUUGCAGUCCCAGCCAGAUGCAGCACAUCAAAUAUCUCAACAAGUGGGUUGGCAAGACACUUUGGUUAGGCUCUUUUUGAAAACAAAUUUUGACAAUGGAAAUACUCUUCAUAAGCACAGUAGAGCUCUUUCAAUGAAAGACAAUGAUAAAAAUGUGGUAGGUGAAGAUCUUAAGAGGAACUUCGACGAAAAGACUGAUGAGGAAAAAAUCAACUCUUUUGGCUCAGCUAAUGUGUCUUCCGAUCAGUGGAGUUUAGAGGAUAGACACUCUCUUGACUCAAACACACCAUUAUUUCAAGAAGAUAGUUCUGUGGGAGAAUUAACUUUCAAAUCAGAGAAUCAAGAAGAAUUCUGGAAUAAUAAUCCUUCACAUUUGAGUUUAGAUUUCAGUGGAAUAGACUCGUGUGAACUGAGCGACAGUGGAAGUCACAUGCCAGACAGCUUGCCUAGUACACCAUCCCCAAUAGAAUCUACUAAAUCAUUUUCUGUGCCAUCUGACAAAGAGAGCAGCAUCACAAAUGAUACGGGGUUUAGUGAUGACUUGUCGUUACUUGAAAGCCAAGAGAGAUGUGAGGAGGAGCUUCUUCAAUUACUGACAAAUAUUUUGAACUAUGUAAUGUGUAAGGGACUAGAAAAGUCAGACAAUAAUACUUGGAUUGAACGAGGACAAGUGUUUUCAGCACUAACUAAACCAGGAAUAUCCAGUGAACUACUUCGACCAUCAGAUGAAAUAAAAUUAAUUUUGCUACAGAAGAUGUUAGAAUGGGCAGUCAUGGAAAACAGAGAAUCAAACACGAAUCCAGUAACUGCUGAAAAUGCCUUGCGGCUCAUCCUGAUCAUACAGGACUUUCUGCAGUCAGAGGGGCUUGUUAAUUCAAACAUGUGGACUGAAAAGCUUUUAGAGGAUCUGAUGCUGCUCUUCGAUGGUCUGUCAGUUUGGUAUUCUGAAAGUUCAGUAUUGGCACAACUUUCUCAAGUUCAAAUCCAGUUACUUCUAGGAUUCAUUGGAAUGGGUAAUGUGCAGGUUUGUGCAAUGGCAUCAGCUAAGCUAAACACCCUUCUUCAGACCAAAGUGAUUGAAAAUCAGGAUGAAGCAUGUUACAUUUUAGGGAAGCUGGAACAUGUUCUAAGUCAGUCAAUCAAGGAACAGACUGAAAUCUACUCAUUUCUGAUUCCCCUUAUCCGUACCCUGGUUUCCAAAAUUUAUGAGCUUCUCUUCAUGAACUUGCACCUGCCUUCUUUACCUUUUACCAAUGGUAGUUCUUCAUUUUUUGAAGAUUUUCAAGAAUAUUGCAGUUCAAAUGAAUGGCAAGUUUACAUUGAAAAAUAUAUUGUGCCUUACAUGAAGCAGUAUGAAACCCUUACAUUUUAUGGUGGUCAUGAGAACAUGGCACUUUAUUGGAAGGAUUGUUAUGAAGCCUUAAUGGUGAAUAUGCAUAAACGAGACCGGGAAGGAGGAGAAAGCAAGCUUAAGUUUCAGGAGUUUUUUGUGGAGCCAUUUAAUCGAAAAGCACGCCAAGAGAACUUGAGGUAUAAUAAUAUGCUUAAACAACUUAGCAGUCAACAGUUAGUCACUCUGAGACGCUGGAAGGCAAUACAGCUCUAUCUUACAUCUGAAAGGGGACCUUGGGCUGAAAGGAAACAAAAUCCAGUUCACUGGAAACUAGCUAAUGUAGAAAAUUAUUCCCGCAUGAGACUUAAAUUGGUGCCAAAUUAUAACUUCAAAACUCAUGAAGACGCUAGUGCUUUGAGAGAUAAUCUAGGUAUCCAACACUCACAGCCUUCUAGUGAUUCAUUGCUUUUGGAAGUAGUGAAACAAGUAAAAGUUAGCAAUAUGGAAGAGGAUAAAUUAGACCUUCCUGAAGAAGACAUAACAGCCAGAGUAAAUAUUGAUGAAAAAGAAGAACAGGAUCAAAAAGAAAAAUUGGUGUUGUCAGAAGACUGUGAGCUCAUUACAAUAAUUGACGUAAUUCCUGGCAGAUUAGAAAUUACUACUCAACACAUUUACUUCUAUGAUUGCAGCAUUGAAAAAGAAGAUGGAGUAGGCUUUGAUUUCAAGUGGCCUCAUUCUCAGAUUCGAGAGAUUCACCUGCGGCGUUACAAUUUAAGGAGGUCCGCCCUUGAGAUUUUUCAUGUUGACCAAUCCAACUACUUUCUCAAUUUCAAAAAGGAGGUUAGAAACAAAGUAUAUAGCAGACUAUUGUCACUUCAUUCUCCAAAUAGUUACGGAACCAGAUCACCACAGGAAUUGUUCAAAGCAUCAGGAUUGACACAGAAAUGGGUGAACAGAGAGAUAACAAAUUUUGACUACCUCAUUCAAAUAAAUACAAUGGCAGGACGAACAUAUAAUGACCUUGCACAGUAUCCAGUGUUUCCCUGGAUUUUACAAGAUUAUACUUCGGAAGAGUUGGACCUUAAUAAUCCAUCUGUAUUUCGAGAUCUUUCCAAACCAAUUGGAGUAGUUAAUGAUAAAAAUGCCAAAGCCAUGCGAGAAAAAUACGAAAAUUUUGAGGAUCCUAUGGGAACUAUUGAUAAAUUUCAUUAUGGUACUCACUAUUCAAAUUCUGCUGGGGUUAUGCACUAUCUUAUUCGCACAGAACCAUUCACCACCCUUCAUAUCCAGCUUCAGAGUGGAAGGUUUGACUGUGCAGAUCGACAAUUCCAUUCCAUCCCUGCCACUUGGCAGGCUCUCAUGGACAAUCCAUAUGAUGUGAAAGAACUUAUUCCUGAAUUCUUCUAUUUCCCAGAGUUUUUGGAAAAUCAAAAUCAAUUUAACUUGGGUUGUCUACAAGUUUCCAAAGAUGUAGUAAAUGAUGUCAUUCUCCCCAAAUGGGCUAAGUCAGCUGAAGAUUUCAUCUAUAAACACAGGAAAGCUCUGGAGUCUGAAUAUGUUUCUGCUCAUCUUCAUGAAUGGAUAGAUCUGAUUUUUGGCUAUAAACAGAGGGGUCCAGCUGCAGUGGAAGCACUCAAUGUUUUCUAUUACUGUAGUUAUGAAGGAGCUGUGGAUCUAGAUGCCUUAACAGAUGAAAAGGAAAGAAAAGCCUUAGAAGGGAUGAUUAAUAAUUUUGGGCAAACACCUUGUCAACUGUUAAAGGAACCACAUCCUCCUAGAUUGUCAGCAGAGGAAGCAGUGCAGAAACAGGCCAAAACAGACACUUCAACCCUGAACCUAUUUCAGCACCUCUCCGAACUCAAGUCAUUUUUUAUAGAGGGAAUUAGUGAUGGUAUUCCACUAAUAAAGGCCAUUGUCCCCAAAAAUCAGUCUCGCUCUUUUAUGUCUCAAGGCAGUCCUGAGUUACUGAUAACAGUAAGCAUGAAUUAUGUUGUUGGAACCCAUGGAUGGCUGCCUUAUGACAGAAACAUUUCUAAUUACUUUACAUUCAUCAAAGAUCAAACUGUGACAAAUCCAAAAACUCAGCGUAGUAUGAAUGGUCCUUUUGCUCCAGGGCUGGAAAUAACUUCUAAGCUAUUCAUAGUAUCACAUGAUGCAAAGUUGCUUUUCAGUGCUGGACACUGGGAUAAUAGCAUUCAAGUGAUGUCACUUACAAAAGGCAAAACUAUCUCACACAAUAUUAGACACAUGGAUAUUGUUACUUGUUUAGCUACAGAUUAUUGUGGAAUACAUUUGAUUUCUGGUUCGAGAGACACUACAUGUAUGAUAUGGCAAAUAAUACAACAGGGAGGUGUUCCCGUGGGCUUAGCAUCGAAACCCUUUCAGAUUCUGUAUGGACACACUGAUGAGGUAUUGAGUGUUGGCAUCAGCACUGAACUUGACAUGGCAGUGUCAGGAUCAAGGGAUGGCACUGUGAUUAUACAUACCAUUCAGAAAGGUCAGUACAUGAGGACUUUACGACCACCUUGCGAGAGUUCUCUACUCCUCACUGUUCCUAAUUUGGCGAUAUCUUGGGAAGGACAUAUUGUCAUCUACUCCAGCAUUGAAGAAAAGACCAAUCUCAAGGAUAAGAGUGCACUACAUCUGUUUUCUGUAAAUGGCAAGUAUUUAGGGUCUCAAGUCCUGACAGAACAAAUAUCAGAUCUGUGUAUCACUGGAGAACACAUUAUCACGGGCAGUUUACAAGGUUUCCUGUCCAUAAGAGAUCUCCACAGUUUGAAUCUCAGCAUGAAUCCAUUAGCCAUGCGGAUGCCUAUCCACUGUGUUUGUGUAACCAAAGAAUCCAGCCACAUUCUUGUAGGAUUAGAAGAUGGCAAAUUGAUUGUAGUGGGUGUUGGCAAGCCAGCUGAGAUGCGUUCAGGUCAGCUUUCUCGAAAAUUGUGGGGAUCUAGCAAGCGGCUCAGCCAGAUUUCAGCUGGAGAAACUGAAUAUAAUACUCAAGAUUCCAAGUGAUUACUAUUUCCAUCUUCUGUCAUGGAUAACUGAAACUUGAUUUAUUGCUUUGUCACUUUAACCACAUCUCUCAACUAUCUGAAUGUUUCAGGGCUUUUAUCACUGAAAAUCAUUUAGGGAUUAUCAAAAUUGAAUAUGCAAUGUGUAUAAAGACAUAGGUUGUAUUAUUAGCCACUUUAAAAAUUUCUGGUUAAUAUUAAAUCCAGUUGUAUUGACUAAUUAUUGGUCUACACUAAGGUAGAUUUGAGAAAAUACAUUUGAAUUAGAUUUGUGGUUCAUUCCUAAAGAUCAUUAGAUCCAUUAAAAAAAAAAAAAAAAACUUCUAAAAAAUAAAGAAAUACCAUAUGAUUCCCUUAUUAUUCCAAACAACAAAAUUUAAGGUAUUUCUAAUAAAAUAGUACAGAUGAUGGGACAGUUGAGAGACAUGGCUUUUAAUAUAUUCUUUAGUUAAUCAUUUUCCUAUUUACUGACCACCAUAUUUAAAAAUAUAUCAGUUUAUUUAUGAAACUCCUGAUUGGAGGUAAUAUUUUAAAGGCAUCUGUUGCACACUUAGAUUUUCAAAACUCAGUGUAAAUUCCAGGUUUUCAUGAUAAGUUGACUAUAAGACUAUUGAAACCGGUACAUUGGGUCAUUCCACUACUGCUAGCAUAUUAUUAAUGAGAACUUAUUGAAAUGUAUUAUUAUAUGCUUAAAUAAUAAAGGUUGAGUAGGAAUAAGAGAAGCUGAGAUAUAUUUUGCAGGUGUAUUUCAUUAGUAGUAUAAUUAAGGAAAAAUGCUGAUUAUGAUUUUGACAGUUGGAUCCUUUAAGUAGCAUAGUUUAUUAUCUGCAAAGUUCAAAAUUUCUUGGUUUAUUCUUUACUAAGCAGAUACUAUGUUUCCCCAAUAAUUAGAAGUGUUAGCAAUGAUACCCAAAUACAUUAACAUUUUUACCUAGAACUUCCAUGUGAUUGAUACAUGAAUUAAAAAGAUAAUGCAUCAUUAAAGUAGUCACUUAGACAUAGUAAUUGUUAAAGACACGUUUCUAUUUCAUGUUAUGUAUAACUUUUAAGAUUAUAAUUAAUUUUAUUACACAUAGUUAAGUGUUACAUUAUGUUUUACUGUUCAAAAUUUUAAAGUAAAAUGCUGAUAAAUUUAUUUUGGAAUUCAAAGUGGUUGAUAAGCCUAGUGCUUUUAUAAGGUCAUCCUUUUGAGUUAGGUCAGAGAGCUUUUACAACUACAAGUGUCCUUAAUCUGAGAUACCACGGGUUUGGGGUAAUUUAUGAAUCCCCUGAAAUUGUGUGGAAAUUCUGUGUGUUAACUGCAGUUUUUUUUUUCAGGAGUGAGUGAGUGUGUGGCUUUCAUAAAGGGGUUUCUGAUCAGAAGGGGGAAAAAGAUAAUAAUAGCUUCUUAUAAAAUAAUAUUCCUUUUUAUUCCACAAAUCAUAGAUUUCCUUACAUCCAAUUCUCUUCUCCAUGGAAUCUUUGAGAACCUUUCCCUCUGCAAUUCUUCUGUUGCCCCCAGUAUCUAUUGCCCUUUUCUUUAUAAUUCUAUGAAUGAGUAAAAAAUUUAUGAGAAGUAAAGGAUUCUGUUUAGGGAAGCUUUUUGAAUAGAUAUGAUCUGUUCAAGUCAGGACUAAUAAAAAUUUAUAGAAGAAUUUUCUUUACAAUUAUUUAAAAUCCUCUGUUUUAUUCAGUGAAAACAAAAACAAAAAACCAUGUUUUAGAUAAGUAACACUGAAACAAACUGGUGCAGCAAGUAUAAAAUAGAGCACAUGUAAAUGUGAAGAUUUCCUUUUUAAGGGUUUCAGGAAUUUGUGAUGAAAAUGUCUCAAAUCAGUAAAGAUAAUUACGAUUUAUUGAAUUUAUUGCUUCUAUUUAUUUCAUUUUAUUUUUUCUAUUACAUUUUUUAGAAGGUUUCAAGUCAGCAAAACCAACAUGAUUGAUUUGGGGUAUUUUAAAUGUUAAUUUUUAAAAAAACUUUUCUGAAUCAAAACUUCGGAAAUUUUUCUUUUGCUUACUUAUCCAUUGACUAUGGUAUAGUGUUGCCUUCUUUAUUUUUAAGGUUACUUAAUAAUGGUUUUAGAAUUAUUUUGGAAAGUUAUAAAGAAGUUUAACUGAAAUUAUUAGGGAAAAAUUCCUAAAUUUAUGAUGUUUUAAAAUUACCAGGGAAAAAUUCCUAAAUUUAUGGUGUUUUACUUUGCUGCUUUUUAGAUUGAAGAACCAAACAAGCAGUAUUCAUUUUAUAUCACAAAUAGAAGACCCUUUGUUCACAGUAAAAUAAAUAUCCUACCUAGACUAACAAUAGAUGUUUAGAGCUAUGGAAUUCUUCCUUAUAUUACUUUUUCCAAAAAAGUGAAAACCAAAAAUGUAGGAUUUUGAGGAAAAUCUGAUAAUACUAGCAACAGUCUAAAGGAAUGGAAGUUAACUUUAUCUAUUAAACAAAUACAGUAGAACCAUUAGUUGAAUAAUAUAAACCUCUUUUAAACAGUGUAGCCCACUGAAUUAAUUAAAAAAAUGACCAGAUAAAAUCACUGAAAAGAUAUACUUUGGGGAUUCUGGUGUAUUUAGAUGUUAUCCAUAGAAACGGUUUCUGCUUAUAUAAUGGGAGAAGUGAACAACAGUGUGAUGAAAAUGGAAUAACAAGUAGACAUUUCAGUUGAUAAAUACAGUAUCUCAACUUGGCUGCUAUGAAGUUUGUUGUCUAAAGAAACUUUCAUCUGCUUUUGUUUCUUGACACUGGUAAUAAUGAUGGAAAUAAAAAUCUCAGCAUCCUGUGAUAGGAAGAGAUUUAUACUAAAAUAAUGAUUUUACUUUUAGAAAGUGAGAUUUAAAAUAUUAAAGCAUAUAAUACCUGUGUUCAUUUAGAAAAUAAAGCAAACUUUCAACUCUCCAAUCAGUAUUCUGUCAUUACUUAGAUAAAAUUGGAGGAGAGAAGGAAAAAUAGAUCAGGGCAUGGGAAUUAGAAAAGUAUAUAAAAAUAAAGCUUGUCCAGUUGGUUUAAAAUCUUUUUAAGCCUAGGAAGCUUGUGUCAGCUAUUAUUAAGUGUCUAUUUACUUCCAUUAGGUCACAGUGUUUUUUUUUUAGGUCACAGCCUUUUGUCAGAGAGAAAAAUGCCAGAUAUUCAUGUGUCAUCAGCAAGAAACAUCAGUGAGGCUUCCUUUUUUUCUGUUAGGCAUACAACAAUUAUCCUUAAGAGACUGGUAUUGAAAGUUACUUUUACAUUUCUGAAGCAAUAAGUGUACCCUCAUAAUUAAUUAGAAUUCAGAUUUGAAAGUUAAAUCUUAAGCUAAGAUUUUUUUUUAUAUUUUACUUGAAUAGGAGUAAGCAGAGAAAAUUUUAACUUGAAUACCAGAUUUUUAUUUAAUGAUGAUCGACACAUGGCCUUUGUCCUGAAGUGUAUUUUAUAUUGUGACUAAAGAAAUCACUCAUGAAAAUCUUCUAGUUAAAUUUAAAGAGGUUAACUCCUUUUAUAUAUUUACUUUCACGAAAUGAGUAGCAUUGUCUUUAUCACCUUUCCAAUGAAAAGAUGCAAGUACAUGGACUACAUUAAACAUAAAUAUUAGAUAAUAUGUACUAUCAUAGGGUAUGUGUACGAGUGAGUGAAGGUUGGUCUCUUCAAAUACAUCAGUAAAUUUGUCUUCCAUUAAUUCUUAAACCUGUCUGUAGGAUGUAAUUUUUGAUACAAGAAAUGAAAUAAAUUAUUUUUCUUUUCUAAAUCUAAUCCUUUGUUUUCCUCUUAUCAGCCAGACUCCUAGCUUGUCCUAAUUUACUGUUCCUUUCAUCCACUGACUCUGUUCUUUCCCAGUAAGUAGCCAAUCUUAAAUAUUUAUCACUCUCAACAAGUAUCCACUCUCAGUAUUCUUUUUUGCCUAAUUCGUUUAUCGUAUGUACCCAGCAUUUGCUUUGCUUUAAAUUUGAUCCCAUCCAGAACAUUGUUCUGAAGAGUUUUUCUGUAUCAGAGUCCUGGUGGUGCUUUUUCUGAUGACAUUGUUGCAACAACAGUAUAGUGUUACCAGUCAUCAUUUCAAUAUUGUUAAAAUGUUGGCCACAACUUUAGUUCUUUAAUUUGAAUCCAGCAUUUUCUAAGCCAGUGUUUCUUCAUUGAGAUUGUAGAUCAGACUUGUCCAUGAAGAUAGAUAGAUAGAUAGAUAGAUAGAUAGAUAGAUAGAUAGAUAGAUAGACAGACACACACACACAAACACACAGAAGUUUAGGCACUGUUCUGGACUUUCUGAAUCUCUUGGUACAAAAAAAAUUAUCCCAGAAUUUAUAUGUUGUCUUAAAAUAUUUUCUGCUAUAGAAAUUAUAUCCAUCCAUUUUUAGGAAUCAUUGCAUAUUCACAGGCUUAUAUGAAACUAGGUUUAAUCUUUGUCCUUGGAAACAUUUUGUCUAAAAUUUGCUUGGAAUGGCUUUCCUAUCUUCAUUUUGCUUGCCACCACAACAACCAAAUUUCCUUUUCAGUUGCAUCAUUCUUAUAAUUUUCUUCAAACCUGCCAUAUUUGAAUAUUCUAACUAAUAGUGGUUCCAACAAAAAAGAUUUUAUGCCGCUUGCUUAUAUUAGUUCCUAGUGACUGUUAGUGAAUAUUUUUGCAUAUUUGAAUUUGGUAACAUUUUCAAGUAUCAAUAAAAAGCAUGAUUUACAAAAUGCUAGGUUUAAAAAUACAAUUGGAUCUCGUAUAGCCUUAAAGGAAAUGAUAUAAUUUUUCUAAUUAAAAAGCAUUGGGUAUAUAUAUUCCCUAAGUACUUCUGAUGACUUUAUGGAAAUAAUCUUUAAUUUUUUUCAUAUAAAAAGUCCUAGUAUUUCAGAAAAUAAAUCAUUGACAUUUAAGAUAUUUAGGCAUAUAUUGGAAACAAUGCAAUUUUUCUACAUUAAAAAUAUAAGGCCAUCCUAGAUAUAGGAGUUACAUGAUUUUCUUCAGGAUAAGAACCUGUGUAAAAGUGGCUAUAUUAUACAUUUUUUGGUUAGAUUGUAUAAAUCAUCAGACAUAUCUUAGGUUAUCUCACUGAUAUUUGUUACAUGUGGGUGAUUUCUAAACAGGAUUUGGACCUAUGAAGCAAAUGGCUGUAGUAAAAAUUAAAAGGACAGAAAUCAACUGCGUUUAUUUUUGUCUUAAUGCCUAUAAUCUUAAGAACUGAAAAUUCAAAGGAACAAGUAGAAAGUUACUAAUCUAACAUUUGUUUUCUGUGGUAUAGUUUUAAUGUUUCCUUGGAAACUUACUUUGUAAAUAUUACCGUAAUAACACUAACAACAGCACAGUUAUGUCAUUGAAAGAAUUACCCAUUCAGUUUUCAAAGUUGACUAUUAAUGGAGUUUGGGGUGUGUUUGUGUGUGUGUUUUCACUUAUAAUAUAAUGGCUGUCACAUUAUUUAAAAUUUAUAACUAUUUUUGAACAUACAAAAUGAUUAUCACCUUAUUCCAAUGUAGCAUUGUAAUUUGAGAAUAAAAAACAAGUUAGGAUUUAGGUAGGGUUGAAAAAUAAAAUUAUAUUUUAUUGUUUUAAAUAAAAACUUUAAAAGUCUUAUUCCAAGUGGACGUUUUAAAAUUUUAUUUUGGCAAUAUCUUUCAACUUAAUAUGUAUUAAAACCAGAGGUUCUCUGAUAGCCAGUUAUUAACUAGGUAAUAUUAAAAUGCUAUUUUUUAUGUUCCUUCCCUUGGAAAUAUUUCCCACACCAUCCAAGCAAUAUGUUUUAAGACUUAGGGGGCUCAACCUACAAAUUCAACAUAUGCACAUCUUGCAUUUUGAAGGAAAAGAACUUAUCUGUGAUGGCCGCCAUUUUGCUCUUCAGAAUGCUAAAAUUAUAUUAAUCAAUAAAUACUUCAGAAAAUGGUUCUGGUAAGGAGAUACCAGUUGUCACACUUAACUGAAAAAAUUCAGCCUCUUAAAUUCUUAUAUAGGGAUUAAAGAGAAUAACUAUUUCUUCCUCUGGGGUUUUGAUUGCUUUUUAAAAUAUUUAUAAUAGUGUCUACCUUUUUUCCAAAAUUAUGGCAUAUUACAGCAAAGAUCUUACUAUCAAAGAUCUUUCACAUUUUAGACUUUUUCUUCCGUAUUCUGCAUUUUACUGUUUUCUGUGAUUCAGAAAUACUAUCACCAAAAAUAUCUUUGGAUACUGUUUAUUUUAUAGUUAGCUUUAUGUAAGAAAAACUGUUACAAAAUUGUAUGGCUGUCUGUUGUCUUCAGAAACUCUUAAGGAGUAUGGCUUUCUUUUCCCCAGUUGUACGCUUUUUAUAUAGUUGGAGUAAAACAAUUAGCAAAAAGUAAGCAGAGAUCUAGCUAGACCGUCCUUUUCUAUCAGAUGCUUUGCUACAGAAAUGAAUCGAUUAAGACAGAAAACUAUCAAACAUAUAUGUUUGUCUCUUAGGUCAGUUUUUCUGGGACCCAGAUUAAACAGGAACAUUUCAGUGUUAUCACAGAUGGUGACAGUGACUUGAAUUCAUAUAUAUGCACAUAAAGGAGGAUAGCUGAAAAUUCGGAAUUACUUGUUAUAAAAAAAAACACUUGCAAAUCGUGCUGCUACUUAAAUAUUUAAGCAAUUCAGAAAGUUGUGUAGUUAUCAUAAAAUGGUCCUUCUCAUUUAUAUUACUGGAAUUGACCAUGAGAAAGAAUAUCAAGCCUUAUUUAUAUCUAAUUAUUGACUGCAAACUGUGACUCAAUAUUUGUAUGCCAAAAAAAGUGGUCUUAAAGUUGAGAAAAUUUUAGAUUUAAUAAAAAUGUGUAAAUUUUGAUUAGUCUUCUCAUUAAAAUGAAGUUACUGUUAAUUUGGUGCAAUACAUUCUUUCCUUCCUCAUCCUUUUAAGAUUAAAUAUAUAAGUUGUAUAUUUUAUUUUGUUACAUUGAGUGCUGUUUUAAAUUUUUCAGAGUGUAUAUAUGAGUUAAUAUUUGUUUCUGUAUAGCAUGAUUGAAGAUAAUUGAGAAUUUUGCACUUUUUUUAGUCCUUUGGAAAUUUGUAUUCUAACAGCUUUUAAGAAUGUACAUUUAUUUUGUACAUAAUACAUUAGCUUUGUGUAUUAAAUGGGUUUAAAUCAAAUAAAAAAAUGAUGUUACUUUCUUCA